CCACCCUGGAAGCAAAGACUAGUCUCUCCAUGCUGCAGCUCCUUCCCCAGCGUUUAUCUGGGGGAGGGCGGGACAUUUCUCCCUGAGCAAAAGCACAAGAAGAUUCACUCCAAGGGACAGGUUGAUCCUGCAGUGAUGGAUUCAAUCCCCGACCUGUACGAGACUCCUGGGGACAGGCUGGACUACUUCCUGGAACACUGCCUGCAGCCCAAGAGGGACUGGAAAGAGGAAGGGCAGGAUGCCUGGGAUAGAAUUGAGGGGUUCCUUCGGGACCAAUGCUUCCGUGAUGAGUUUCUUCUGGGCCAAGAAAUCAAGGUGCUUAAGGUGGUAAAGGGAGGCUCCUCGGGAAAGGGGACAACGCUGAACCACAGAUCCGAUCAGGACAUGGUUCUGUUCCUGAGCUGCUUCUCCAGUUUCAAACAUCAGGCGAGAAACCGAGAAUCCAUCAUCAACUUCAUUGAGAGCAAGCUGCUUCACUGCAGGAAAAGCCUGGCCUACAACAUCACUGUGGUUAAACCCAGAGAGGGAAAUCGGAUCCCUCGCUCCCUGACCUUAAAGGUCCAGUCCAGGAAGAGUGACGACAUCAUUCCGAUGGAUGUUCUCCCGGCUUAUGAUGUUUUGGGACCCUUUUCCCGAGACUUGAAACCAGACCCAGAAAUCUAUGAAGAGCUAAUAAAGAGUAGGGGCUACCCUGGUGAAUUCUCGCCCAGCUUCACAGAGUUGCAGCGACAUUUUGUGAAAAGCCGCCCGGUUAAACUGAAGAACCUCCUCCGGCUGGUGAAGUUCUGGUACAUGCAGUACCUGAGACGUAAAAAUAGAGGAGUAACAUUGCCCCCAAAAUAUUCCCUGGAGCUACUGACCAUCUACGCCUGGGAAAUGGGUACAGACAGCAGCGAAAGCUUCAAUUUGGAUGAAGGGUUUGUAGCCGUGAUGAAGCUCCUCAGAGACUACCAGAACAUCUGCGUAUACUGGACUAAGUACUACGAUUUCCAAAACCAGGUCGUCAGAGACUUUCUCAAAGAACAGCUGAGGAGAGACCGGCCCAUCAUCCUAGACCCAGCUGACCCCACCAACAACCUAGGAAGUAGAAAUGGAUGGGACCUGGUGGCCAGAGAAGCUUCCUACUGCCUGAGGCAGGCCUGUUGCCGGACCGAAGACCCCAGAGGGAGCUGGGAUGUACCGACAGCACGGGACAUUCAGGUGACAGUGAAGCAAAGAGGAAAAGAGACAUGGAGCCUCUCGGUAGACCCCUAUAGCCCCAUCAGCGAGAUGAAGGCAGAGAUCAAGAGGACAAAUGGCACCCACGGAGAGCUACGCAUCUCCUUCCAGGAGCCACAAGGGGAAAGGCAACUGCUCAGCAGCCAGAAGACCCUAUCGGAUUACAGAAUAUUCUCGAAGGUGACCGUCCGGGUGCUGGAGACAUUUCCUCCUGAGAUCCAGGUCUUUGUGAAGGAUUCCAGUGGCCAGAGCAAGCCUUAUGCCAUCCGCCCUGAUGAUACCAUCUACGACCUGAAGGAGAUAAUUGAAGAUGCUGGAGGGCCUCAUAUAGAGGAUCAGGUACUGAUGUUGAAGGAUGAGGAACUGGAAGAUGAUUGCAGCCUUUCAGAGCUACAAAUCAAAGACUGUGACACCAUCCAGCUCAGUAGGGCGGUCUAGUCCUAGUCUGGCUAUGAAUGGUAUCAACACCUAUAGUCGUAUGCUUCCCCACCUCAUCCCUUUACCCAGAUGCUUUAUUCUGUCGGAGGCUUAAAUAGCAACAUAUCCUCUUGCUUAAAACCCUCCUGUGAGCCGGGCGGUGGUGGUGCACUCCUUU